AUGAUACGGCAAGUAGCAGGCCACAUGCUUAUAUCUGGACAACACAUGCGUGCCUUUGCCACCACGGCGUGCAAGGACCUCAUCAACCCAUCCCGCCCCCAUCCCCAACCCUAUUCCCCCGCGGCGCCCCACCCUGCCCCGCCCCAGCUGCGCCGCCGCCGCCGCCAAGCACCGCCCGCUCGCGCGCCUCCCUGCUGCAAGCGGCCGUCUCCCUCUGUCUCCAACGCCCUCCCUCGACCUCGGCGGCAAGCGGCCGGACCUCACUGCUGCCGUCUCCCUCCGUCUCCAACGCCCUCCCGCGACCCGCGCCGCCGUCUUCUCCGUCCACGGCGGAUUCCUUCACUGUCCCUUCACCCGAUUCCACUGCCUCCUCCCUGCAGCACAAGAUCCGCCUGGAUCCCCACCGACGUCGCCCGCGCCUCCCUCCACCCACUGCUCGACCGGCGCCGCUCCGUCCGGCCACGGCUCGCACGGCACCGUCAGCUGCCACCUCCGUCCGGCCACAUCUCGCCCGGCACCGUCCGCUGCCCUGCCACCUCCCUCCGGCAACAUCUCCCCUUGCACCGCCUUGUUGAUCGGCAUGUGAGCCGCCUCGGCUGCCUCCUCUCACUCAGCAUAGGAUAUAUUCUACUUUUCAGUUAUACAUACAGGAAGGGUCAUCAGUUGCCAAAAAUAAAGAGAGGAAAAUGUUAUCCCAUGCCAAGGUUGUUGGUACAGCCUGUGAUGUUUGUAAACCUGAAGAUGUGAAGAAAUUAGUGAAGUUUUCUAUUAAUGAGCCUGGCUCAGUUGACAUUUGGACCGUCACUGGGAUCGCAAGCUAGGGCGUCCCAACCCUCGCUGGCAUCACACACUGGACCGUCGUCGUGAGCCGCCUUCUGAGUCGUUUUUAUGUAUUGAACUUGUGAACUUGGAAUAAUGUGUACUUUUGAACGUGUGAUUUGUAAUAUAUUGUGGAUUUCAUACAAAUUUGGUCGUUUGUGAUAUAUAAAUGUGGUUUGUGAUA